AUGUUGGGCGCGGCGGAUAAUGGCUGGGCACAGUCAUUUGGGUUCGCCUUUGAACAGAAUAUCGCUAAUGGCAGCUCGGUCAAUUCACUUUACUCGCCUUUUAGUACAGGGAACGAAAAGAAUGUAUGCCGGUCACUGAUGAUUGGUCAAUAUCUAAGAAGCCGGCGUAGCGAGGACAAUCGGUUGGUUAUUGAUGGACUGGAGAUACCGACCUUCUCGAUCGUGGGAAUUGCUAGCGAAGCAGAGGUGGUGGUCGACGAAGGUGGGGCGAGCCGGUUCGUCUUCAAGGUGGAAGACGGUACCGGGCAGGUGACCGUAGAGUGGGUCCGUGGUUUGGCCGACUCUGAGUACGUGCAGUCGAAGGGACUUAAAUUUGUCCAGGCACUGCAACAGGAAAACCUGUACGUCAAGUGCUUCAUUGAAUCCUACCAAAUCAAAAGCGAACUGAAGGCCGUGCACUGCAAGAUAGUGGAGUCCUAUCACGACGUACUGAGACACAUACAAGACGUAGCCUUGACGCAUUUGCGGACCACGAAGCAAACAACGCACUAA